GACAAAUGCUCCUCCUCUCCCAGAAGAAGAAUUACAACACUCUUUCUUGGAAGUUGUACUAAGAAGACAUGUCAAGAAAGUCAACACAGAGCCUAUAAGAAGGCCUGUGUUUGUCAUCCGUCAUGGCCCUCAUCCAUCGUCUCUUGUUGCUCCUCACCACCCUGCUUGCUUCUGACUAGUAAAAAAUGCACGGUUUCAUGGAUCUCACAGCUGAGCACAAGGAGGUCUUCUCCCUUUUCGACAAGGAUGGAGAUGGUCACAUCACGCUCGAAGAACUGCGCACCAUCAUCCGAUCAUUAGGCCGAGAACCAACUCUGCAAGAGCUGCAGGAUAUGAUCAGGGAGGUCGAUGUGGAUGGUAAUGGCACCAUAGAGUUUGAUGAAUUCAUGAACGUGAUCGCUAUGAGAACGAAGGAGGCUGCUGAGGCUGAGGCUGAAGAAGAACUGCGAGAAGCCUUCAAGGUUUUCGAUAUAGACAACAAUGGAUACAUCUCACCCAGCGAGGUAUGAAGGAGCUUUGAUGUCUCGAAACCUCUCGUCGUAAUUGCACUUGCAGCUUAUGAGCGUGAUGACUAAUCUGGGAGAGGAAGUAACAAAGGAGAUUGCUGCACAGAUGAUCAUGGAGGUUGACGCUGAUGGUGACGGGCAGGUGGAUUUCAAGGAAUUCUCCACCUUGAUGAUGGCUAUCGGAACUACACCGACGAAUUCCUUUUCUUCAUUGUACAUAAACUGAAUCAAAUACAUGUUGAUGAUCUCUCUCGUUUGAUACAGCACAAAA